AUGAAUGAAAUUCUUAAGUUGCUGAGAAGCAAAUCGGGAGUUCAGAGUAGGAAGGCAGGGUAUCAAAAGUUGAAAUUUGAUAACUGGAUAAGGGUUGAAGCCCUUGGAUUCAGUGGAGGCAUAUGGCUUUUCUGGAACAACCCUCUCACUGUUAAUAUUAUUUUCACUGAUCCCCAAUUUAUUUUGUCUCAGGUUAAGGAUAAUGGAAGUGAACCUUGGUUUUUUUCUAUCAUCUAUGGCAGUCCUACCCCUUCUCUUAGGAAGAAAUUGUGGAGGAACCUCGAUAGGACUCUGUUAAAUAUCAAUGGCCCAUGGUUAUCUGUUGGAGACUAUAACGCAGUUGCUGAUCAUGAAGAGGUUUCUAACCCAAGGAACUUCUCCCACUACCGAUGUACUGGUUUUAUUGAUUGGAUGUUUGAUCAAGGACUAUUGGAUUUGGGUUACACUGGUUCUAAAUUCACAUGGCAAAGGGGCAACUCUCAGGAUACUUUCAAAGCUGCUAGGUUGGACAGAGCCCUAUGCAAUUUGGACUUCCAAUUCAUGUGGAAAAAUCUCAAGGUUGAUCACCUUCCCAGGGUGGGAUCGGACCACAGUCCCAUUCUGGUUUCUUUCUCAAAUGUUUUGGAACCCCAAAGAAAUCACCAUUUUCGUUUCCUCCUACCAUGCUUAACUCACCAGAAUCUCAACAAGAUAGUAGCCAAUCAGUGGGUCACUAAUAAUCUAUUCCAAACCAACCUCACAAACCUUGCUGAGGUCCUGGGCACUUGGAACAGAGAGGAAUUUGGAGUCAUUGAAAAAAAGAAAAAAAGGCUAUUAGCUCGAAUUGAUGGUAUCCAAAGAAGACUUGAAGUCAACUAUGAGAGCGGCUUAAUCAGACUUCUCAAAAAACUUCAGGGUGAGCUUGAAGAGGUUUUAAAACAAGAGGAACUUAAAUGGUUCCAAAAGUCCAAGGAAGAAUGGAUUGUCUCUGGAGACCGUAACACCAAGUAUUACCAUGCUGUCACCUUUGCAAAUAGAAGGAGAAACAAAAUUGGAGCCAUGUUCAACAACCAAGGAAUUCUCACGACUGACACGAAAGAAAUGAGAGAGCUGGUUGUUGAUCAUUUCACCAAGUGUUUCACUAAAGAUGAAGAUAUCGACCUUUCCUUGGCCCCGGCCAAUUACUUCCCCACUAUUCAAGAAGAAGAUUGGCGCGUUUUCAAUAGGCCUUUCACUGAGGAUGACAUUAAGAAAGCUGUCUACGAUAUGGCCCCCAACAAAGCUGCUGGCCCGGAUGGUUUCAUAGCUGCAUUCUAUCAACAGCAUUGGUCUAUCCUUGGAAAAACUAUCUUUAACAUGGCCUCUGCUUUCUUUAAUACGGGAGUCUUGGAGGAUAACUUGAAUGAUACUUAUAUUGUGCUAAUCCCCAAAGUAAAAAAUCCGGAAUUUGUGACCCAAUUUAGGCCUAUCAGCUUAUGCAACAUCUCGUAUAAGAUAAUCACGAAGGCUAUGUCGAAUAGAUUACGGGUGAUCAUGCCUAAUCUUAUUGGCCCAUUUCAAAGCAGUUUUGUUCAUGGUAGGCAAAUUUCGGAUAAUGUUAUAAUCUACCAGGAGGUUCUAAAUUACAUGAGAAAAUGCAAAGGAAAAAAAGGCUAUAUUUUGGUCAAAAUUGACCUGGAAAAGGCCUAUGAUAGGCUUUCUUGGGAUUUCAUUCAAGACACCCUUCAGGAAGUGAAAUUUAAUCCCGAUUGGAUAAGAAACAUCAUGACAUGCAUUAGCACUGCUCGGUUCUCUAUCCUUUGGGAUGGGCAAAGGUCUGAUUUUUUUAAUCCCAGUCGGGGAAUUCGACAAGGGGAUCCCAUAUCACCUUUCAUUUUUGUUCUUUGCAUUGAAAGGUUGUGCCAUUUGAUUCAAGGUGCUGUUAGUAAUGGUUCUUGGAAAGGCAUUCAAAUCUCCAAGAAUGGACCUUCUCUCUCACAUCUUUGUUUUGCGGAUGACAUGAUUCUUUUUGGAGAAGCUAUGGUGUCCCAAGCUGAAAUUAUGAUUGAUUGCUUGAAUAAAUUCUGCUCAAGCUCGGGACAAAAGGUGAGUUUCCUAAAAUCUCAACUUUUUGUCUCCCCUAACACUGCCAACUCUCUUGCAGAUGACAUAUCAAGAAUCAUGAGCAUCCUUAUUACGAAGGAGCUGGGAAAAUACCUUGGAGUCCCUUCACUACAUGGGAGAGUCAAUAAAUCAACUUUUGCAGCUGUGGAAGAAAGGAUCACCACCAAACUACAAGGAUGGAAAACAAAAUAUCUCUCCUUAGCAGGUCGACAUGUGUUAGCCCAAUCUGUUUUAAGCUCUAUCCCUUAUUAUCUCAUGCAAACUAGUUUGCUGCCCAAGGGAUUAUGCGAUAAUAUUGACAGGAAAAUUCGCCAAUUCAUUUGGGGAGGACCCGACCUUAAAAGAAGUUGCAAUCUGGUCAAGUGGGAAGUUGUAACCAAGCCAAAAGCAGUUGGGGGUUUGGGUAUCAAAUCUAUGAGACAUAUGAAUCUAGCUUUCCUUGCAAAAUUGGGGUGGAGGCUAUUGAAAGAGGACAAACCCUACUGGAUACAAGUUUUGAAGGCCAAAUAUACUGGUAGGCAGAAUGACAUCAACCUCAUAAGACCUGUUUCAAGAAGCUCUAAUGCCUGGAGAGGGAUUAACGCUGCGAUGAAUAUCCUCAAGAAAGGUUCUAGCACCGCCAUUGGUUACGGAAACCAAACCAAAUUCUGGACUUCUAAAUGGCUCAUUGACGAUGCUCUGGGCAAUGUGGCUACUAGUGACAUCCCGCUAGAAGAUAUUGACCUCGCAGUCAGGGAUUACUGGAGCUCGGACACUGGCUGGAAUACCCAAAGACUUGCUCAUCUUCUUCCCCAAGGGAUCAUAAACACCCUCAAUGGUGUCAUGCUAUCUAACGAACCCAACCAUAAAGACCUACGGACCAGACUGCCCAACAGAAUCAAGUUCUUUAUGUGGCUUAUAACUCAUGGCCGCAUUAUGUGUAAUGCCGAACGGAAACGGAGACAUUUUACUGCUUCUGACUACUGCCACCUUUGUCGGGAUGUCACUGAAGACAUUGAUCAUGUGCUACGCAAAUGCCCCGCAGCCAUGGAGGUUUGGAAAGCUCUAAUGCCACCUCAGGCCUUUGAGGGUGAAAUUCAAAUAGACUGCAAGUUGUGGAUCAUGAAAAAUCUCAAGGUCAGAGGUAGGAGAUACGGUUUUUUGGAUUGGAGUGCAGCAUUCAGCGUUAUUUGUUGGCAACUCUGGAAAUGGAGAAAUUCAAUGGUGUUUAAAAAUGAAACUCUCCACAAAAACAUAAAGGCUAACAAGAUUAGAAAUUACUGCAUGGAAAUUCACAAAGCUCUCGAUCGCAACCCGAUAUUCACUAGUCAACCUGGGGAACAGAGAAGCUCUAUCCUUCACUGGAACAAGCUGGAAUCUGGCUGGAUUGCCGUAAAUGUUGAUGGAAGCAGCAGACCAAGUAAGAAGAAGGCAGGCUGCGGCGGCAUCCUGAGAAAUCAUUUGGGAGACUGGAUUCUUGGAUUCCAACUUAAUCUUGGGGAUUGCUCUAUGGAUAUUGCUGAAGCUCGGGCUGUUCUCAUGGGCCUAAAGAUCGCUUGGCAAAGAGCUUGCACAAACAUCAUCAUACAAAGAGAUUCUAAGAAUGUGGUUAAAUGGAUUAACGACCCUCUUUUCGAUGCUACGAGAGGCGGCACUUUAAACAAUAUUAUUUUUGAGUGCAAAAGUUGGAUGAAAAGGAGCUGGAAUGUUAAAUGUUGUCAUGUUCUACGGGAACAAAACCAAGUCGCGGACUGGCUAGCGAGAAAUCAAGGAGCUGAUACCAAUUUGGUUUUGCUAAACAAGUGCCCAAAUGCUAUUCUUGAUGAGUUUGUCCGUAGAGAUCGUAUUGGGAGUCCGGUAGCCCGUGGCGACUGA